UGGUAUGGUAUGGAUGUAAGAAAGAUGUUGCAUUCUUGAGUGUUUGACGACUGGAUUCGUUACAAGGAGGAAGUGGAACCGUUUCGUCCCAAAUUUAUCUGCCGCAUUUUCCUUUUGAAUGUCGAAAGGGUAAAAAUUUGGUCGAUAAAUUUGAUGGGGACAGAGGGGGAGACUCUCCAGUGAGCUGCUCUGGGCUGGCUUGGCUUGGCUGGCCGGAAAGGGAAGGGGCUGGCGAGCUACGAAAUCAAUUCAACAACACUAGCCCCAAAGAACAAACCUCGAUAACUCUAUUUCAGAUUGGAAAAAUAUAUAUACAAAUAUAUGUUAUAUUUGUUUAUAUGUGUCAUUAGUCCAAGAUUUCUUCAAGCCUAAAUCGUUGAUCAGUGGAAAUUCAUAACCGACCAAUAUGCGUGGAGGGAAGACAAUUGACCAGAAACUAGGGCAGCAGAGUACACCACAGCAGUUAAAGAAUGGUAUUAAAGUCUCAGCAAACAGGAGACAGAGACCAAAAUUUAAGCCUCAUGGCAACACUAUAGGUUCAGCAGUUUUGAGGAGAAAAGUUGUGAAGUCUAUAAGGCAAGGCAAGGGAAAGGACUCCUCCAGUAGGAAUGUGACUAGCAAAACAGUUGUGGAUAAAGUGAAAUCCUUCAAGAAGCAGCAUUUAUCAGGCCAACAAGGUGCAAUACUUUCAUGUACCAGUUCUAAAGGAAUUGGAAAACUGGACACUGGAUGUGAUAAACCUAAAAAUUUGACGAAACGAAGGAAGCGAAGGGGGCAAAAAAAUAAAUCAGAGCUGGAUGAAGCUCCUCGCUUGCAAAGAAGGACAAGAUACCUAUUAAUAAAAAUGAAGUUGGAGCAAAACCUUAUUGAUGCUUAUUCAGGAGAAGGUUGGAAAGGUCAGAGUCGAGAAAAGAUCAAGCCAGAAAGGGAACUUGAAAGAGCCAAGAAGCAGAUAUGGAUGUGCAAACUUGGAAUUCGUGAUGCCAUUCGCCAACUGGAUUUACUUAGUUCUGUGGGGUGUAUAGAAGACUCUGCAAUUGCUCCAGAUGGAUCUGUAUACCAUGAACAUAUUGUCUGUGCAAAGUGCAAGUUGCGGGAAGCUUUCCCUGACAAUGAUAUUAUACUGUGUGACGGGACAUGCAAUUGUGCUUUUCACCAAAAAUGUCUCGAUCCUCCACUGUUGACUGAAAAUAUCCCUCCAGGAGACCAAGGAUGGUUUUGCAAAUUUUGUGAAUGUAAGAUGGAAAUAUUAGAAGCAAUGAAUGCUCAUCUUGGGACUCAAUUCUCUCCAGACAGUAAUUGGCAGGAUAUCUUCAAGGAAGAAGCCGCCUUACCUGAUGGUGGAAGUGCUUUGCUUGAUCUAGAACAAGAAUGGCCUUCUGAUGAUUCAGGAGAUGAUGAUUAUGAUCCAGAAAAAGUUGAACAUAGCUGCAGUCACAGUGGCGCUGGCUCUGAUUUUGAAGCUUUGGAUGAUGCAAGCAGUUCCAGAAGUUCAUGUUCACUGGAAGAUGAAUUUUUCACUGAAUCAGGGAGUCCAGCAGAUAGAAGCCAAGAUGGCUGUGAUACCUCUUUUAAGUCAUCUAUUGGUAUAGAUUUGGACGAGACGACUGAUUUUGAGAUUUUGAGUGGCCCCAGACAGCGAAAAACUGUUGAUUAUAAGAAGUUAUAUGAUGAAAUGUUUGGAAAGGAUGCUCCUGUGACAGAACAAAUUAGUGAUGACGAAGACUGGGGCCCUGCUAAACGAAAGAGGAGAGAAAAGGAGUCUGAUGCAGCUAGCACCCUUAUGACUCUCUCUGAAAGUGAGAAGAAAUUUCCAAGCAUGAAUACAGCAGAAGGCGAGGGGGAACUUCGUCAUUGUGGGAAAACAAAGAGACCAUUUUCCAGAAUCCCUCCUAAUGCUGUUGAGAAGCUUCGCGUUGCGUUUUCUGAAAGCGAACUUCCAUCCAGAGAUGCCAAAGAGCACCUAGCCAAGCAGUUAGGGCUUGAAUCUGAGAAGGUCAGCAAAUGGUUCAAAAAUGCACGUUAUUUGGCACUCAAAGCCAGAAAGGCAGAAAAUGGAAGUCAAGAAUGUGACGAAUCCAGAUCAAAAGUGGAGGAGGAAAAAACUGGUGAUCCAGUGGCAUCAAAGACUGCAUCAUCAUCAACUGCAGCCAAUUCACAAAUAGCGAACAAGUCUCUUGACAGCUCUUUAAUGCAAAACCAACACAAGGUUUCUUCUCAUAGCAACAACAAGGCCGAUGUUGGGUUCGGGGACGACGUGAGCCUGAAGCAUCUGAAAGCUUCUGUAAAGAAAAAUAAGAAAGUAAACAUCAAGGCUGGAAGCAGAAGAGUAGAAGAAGAAGCAGAGGCUGAGUUGGAGAGGCUCUUUAAAGCCGAGGGUAAGAUAGAACAUUUGCAGAAGGUUCUGAAGGGACUUCCAACUGGAAAAGCAAAUACCAGAGGAGAUGCAUCAUCCAACUCAAGGGACUGCCCCAAUCACAUUGUGUAUGUCCCAGUGGCAGAGCUGAGGGAGAAAAGCUACCGAUUUGGUUGAAUCAAAUCUCUGUGAUUUUUCCUUCAAAUGUCCUAGUAAGUUUUGUUCUAAUCCAGAUGUUAAAAGGAAGGAACAAAAAUAGUUUCAUAAUGCAUAUACAUAUAUGUAUGGAAGGCAGGCAUUUAAUUUGUGUUUGCCUAUAUGAUAUCAAAGCAUUGCCUGCAUGAACAAUCUGAACAUGUAAUCUGUCCUGUUAAUCAUGUGGUUGUGAAUGCUCUAAUUCAUAGCUGCCUUUUAUUGCAAGCAAAGUUCCAUUUUC